CACCCUCCCCGCUAGGCUAGUGGGGCACGUCCUCCAGCUCCAGGUGUUGAGUGAAGGUGGUGACUGUUGGGUGUGAUGACCAGCCAGCUGUUGGCCUCUCGUGAGAGGUGUGUGGACGAGGGCCUGGAGGCUGCGGCUGCCACCAACCCUGGGUACUUAUAUAUACCCGAACACCGUUUGAUUGCUGACCGAAGAUGGCUGAUGAAGGACGGCAAGGGGAAACACCAAGUUGCCCUGGUCACUGGUGGGGGCUCCGGCCAUGAGCCUUUCUGCGUAGGGUAUGUAGGCACUGGCAUGUUGGGGGCGGCAGUAGCAGGGCAUGUUUUUACCUCGCCGCCACCAGCCGCUGUUGCCGCCGCCAUUACAACUGUCGGCAGGGAUAACCCAGCUGGGGUGUUGGUGGUCGUCUUCAACUACACAGGAGACCGUAUUAACUGUGGCCUGGCUGUAGAGCGAUGCCGGGCUGCUGGUAUGAAGGUUGAGAUGUAUGUAUCGGGAGACGACACAGCUCUCACUCAACUGGAAGGGACGGCUGGCAGAAGGGGUCUCUGUGGUACUAUGUUCAUCUUUAAGAUCGUGGGAGCUAUGACAGAAGCUGGAGCGAGUUUAGAAGAGGCUAUGAACACAUGUAAGAGACUGAGCGAGGCUAUUGGGACAAUCGGCGUGGCUGCCAGUGGUUGCACCCUGCCUGGAGCCUCCGCCCCGCUCUUUACAGUGGGCGAGGGAGUCAUGGAGCUCGGCCUCGGUGUACAUGGGGAGACAGGUGCCGCCACCAUAAAGGCUGGGACGCUGCAAGAGGUGGUGGAGAUGCUGCUCAAUCACCUGACGAGAAAAGAUUCCGAAACCAGGCUGGACCUACAGAGCGGAGACAAGGUGGCUGUCAUUAUCAAUAACCUGGGUGGCCUCUCUCAGCUGGAAUUGAGUAACCUGACGAACGAGGUUGUCUCACAGCUUACAGAAAAUCGAGGUGUGGAGGUGAAGCGUGUGUAUCCAGGGCAGCUUAUGACUAGCCUGGACAUGCGAGGUCUGCACGUGUCGGUGUUGCGUCUGCUGGACCCCACCUGGCUGCCUCUUCUUGAUGCUCCCACCACUGCCCCAGCCUGGCCAACACCUUACCUCAACACCACCACCACCAGCCAGUUCUCGAUGCCUAAUCUAACUCUCACUCAGACGAAAAUGGACACUGGCUACAUGUUAUCAGACGCAGCUCACACACAAGCAUUGAAGGCAUGUCUGGAAGCAGUGGUUGCCCAAGUACCACAGUAUGAGCAGCACCUCAACGACUUGGAUACCACGUGUGGUGAUGGAGACUGCGGCUCAACGCUGAUAAAAGGAAUUAAUGGUGUGUCGAAGGAGCUGUCUGGGUUGCCUUUGAUGUACCCGAGCCAGGUGUUAGGUGUGCUGGGAGAGGUAACCGCUUCCUAUAUGGGUGGGACCUCCGGGGGCGUCUACUCUAUCCUGUUCACUGCUGCUGCCGCCCACAUAACCUCUCCAAAGGCGUCCCACAGACUCACCUGGGCCACGGCACUCAGGGCGGGAUGUGACGCCAUCAGCAAGUAUGGUGGAGCCAGGCAGGGAGACAGAACCAUGUUGGAUGCUCUGCUGCCAGCCGUGGAGGUGCUUGAGGGUAGCCCUGAUAACCACGACCUGAGGACCAUUCUGAAGGCCAUGGCCACAGCUGCUGAUGAAGGUUCUAAGAAGACAGCAUAUAUGGGAGCGAGGGCUGGACGAGCUACGUAUGUUAGGGCGGAAAACGUGAGUGGAGAGGACGCCGGAGCUCGGUCUGUUGCCUACAUCCUGCAGGCCAUGGCUCACUACUGACCUACCUCACAGUGGCAGGUGCGUGGACCACAUCCAUGCUUCAUAACAAACAGUGGUGUAGGGCUGCUGUGAGAGGGGCCCAGUAAUGGGGAGAAGUGUCAGUUGAUAUAUCAGUUAACAUUAAAUUUAUCGUUCAUUAUAAGAGAUAUAUUAUACUAUUUUUAAACUAUACAGGGUACUUAUAUGUGAAUGUUGUUAUAAUGUUAACUGAGAUUCCUUUGUUUGUGGUAAGGGUUCAUAUCUCUCUGGUUGUAUGUAAAGGAAAUAUUGUCCAUAAACUCGUUAUCUAAUAUGUUAUCUGAUGGUGGAGUAUAAACAAACAUGAAAAUUAUAUUAUGUUCUUUUCAUAUUCCAGGGAUUAUUUCGUAUCUAUUCAUGCCUUAACUAUACAGAAACACAGUUGGAUAUGAUUGGCUGCGAAUUAUUUUGUGUGGGUACAGAUUAAAUCCUAUUCUUUAUAUCUUUUAUGCAUAUAAUACGAAUACUGUAUUAGACUGAGAUUUGCUUGUUUGAUUGUUUUUAAAGAUGUAUACGAUAAAUAAAACUCAAUACCAGA